GGAGAACUCUUGGGGAAUGGUUCUUCAAUCAAAUCUGGAAGUUGCUACAAUUAGGAGUAUUUGGGAGGAGAGAAGCCGUUUCACUGGCUUUAAUUGGAGGUUAUCACGAUGGUUUGAAUCUCCUCGGUUGUCCACUGCCUCUGUUGGCAGUAAUGACCGGGCCUCCACGGCUACGCUGUCCGAUUGUUCUGACAUCCAGCGGCCCGUAAGUGUGGUGUCCACCAUCUCAUCUGGAUCAAGUUCUUCUCGGGACGACGUCCCACUUUCAGGCAUCCCAUCCACUGUGCCCAGUGUGGAUCUGGAGUUGACCCCUGCUGGGGAGCCCAGUGAGACUCAGGACACUAACCUGGCCCAGGCAUCUAGUCUCUUCCUCCGGCAAAAUAGCAACAACGCUGUAAACGACAACAUCAGCAGCUUCUCUCAACACAGUUUUUCUCCGUUUGCUGCGGAAACUAUGGCACCCAACCCUGAGCUCACCUACCUUGACCGAGUGGUCAUGGAGAUCCUUGAGACGGAGCGUAUGUAUGUGAGAGAUCUGCGGAGUAUCGUAGAGGACUACCUCGCUCACAUUAUAGACACUGGAGACCUUCCCAUCGGGCCAGAACAGGUGUGUGCUCUGUUUGGAAAUAUAGAGGACAUCUAUGAGUUCAACAGUGAGCUGCUUCAGUCACUGGACAUGUGUGACCAUGAUCCUGUGGCUAUUGCCAGAUGCUUUGUGCUCAAGCGUGAAUAUUUUGACAUCUACACACAAUAUUGUACCAACUACCCAAACUCUGUGGGUGCUCUCACGGACUGCAUGAGAAACAAAACUCUGGCCAAGUUCUUCAGGGAGAGGCAAGCUACUCUAAAGCGAACUCUUCCUCUGGGAUCUUACCUGCUCAAGCCUGUUCAGAGGAUACUCAAAUAUCACCUCCUGCUUCAGGAGAUCGCAAAGCACUUUGAUUCAGAGGAGGAGGGUUAUGAGGUGGUGGAGGAGGCCAUAUACACUAUGACUGGUGUAGCGUGGUAUAUAAACGACAUGAAAAGAAAACAUGAGCAUGCAGUCCGCCUCCAGGAGGUUCAGUCUUUGCUCAUUAACUGGAAGGGACCUGAUCUGACUACAUAUGGAGAACUGGUCCUGGAGGGCACCUUCCGUGUCCAUCGUGCCAAGAAUGAGCGGACGCUCUUCCUCUUCGACCGCAUGCUUCUCAUCACUAAACGGCGAGGAGAACAUUACGUCUAUAAGACCAACAUCUCGUGCUCAACACUCAUGCUGAUUGAGAGUGCCAAGGACUCACUGUGCUUCAGCGUCACUCAUUACAAGCAUCCCAAACAGCCUCAUACUGUCCAGGCUCGGACAGUGGAGGAGAAAAAAUUAUGGGCUCAUCAUAUCAAACGUCUCAUUCUUGAGAACCAUCAGGCUGUUAUACCACAAAAGGCAAAGGAAGCAAUCUUGGAGAUGGAUUCUAUUUAUAAAAAGUACAGGUACAGCCCUGAGAGACUAAAGAAGUCUGUGUCAUGUCAAUUAGAGGAGUUCUCGAACACUAGAGCGGGCCGGAGACAGUCAGAACCAUCUAAAGAGAUCCUGAAGAGCAGUAAAGCAUUAUUGAAGCAUGCAGACAGCGAGGGGGCUUUGCCUGCUGACAGGCAGCCUUUACAGGCCACGGCUAGCGUCAGCACUCUUGGUUCAAGUAUAAGCGAGUAUGAGGCUGACAGACCUGCCCAAGAAGAGGAAGACACUCUAGAAGCCAUGAUUCCCAGUGAUAAUGAAGAGCCGGCCCCUGGCUCGCCCUCCCCGAAGUGCAGGUUAACCCAAGAGGAUGAUGAAGAUGCAGAGGGCGAGGGAAGUGACUGUGACGAUAUUCUAAUGGAGGACAACCAGGUAGCUGACUUUGCCAGUUCCAUGCUGGCUGCCAUUUCCUGCUGGCACUAUAGAGCCAAGGCUUUGCUUUCUAUGGGCUUCACAACGGAUGAAGAGGGGUGUGAAGUAACUGAGAAUAACUUCAUAAGAGAGAAUGGCCCAUCAACUGAACAAGAAGAGACUAACUCAGAACAGAUACUUGAAGACAAGUCUCAAAACCUGAACAUUACCUCUUACUGGGAUUCCACCGAGAAACUAAAGCCAGGCAUCACUUCUGAUCCAGAAUUUAUAGAGAUGGACCAACAGGUUACAAAUAUUCAUGAUCUGGAGUCAGCAGGGGACAAAGAUGACCAGGAAGGUUGCAAAGAAGAGACCUUGGCUCAGUUACAGCAAGACAACACACCCUGUGAGUCAUCAGAGGAAGACGAGGAUGCAGAGAAGACAGACACCAGUAGCAUUCUUCCAUCAUCUGUGCUGGACAGGGCCAGCGUUAUUGCUGAACACUUUGUCUGUAACGCACGACGUAGUAGCAUCAGCACAGAAGAGGUGCGCUCCCUCGGUUGCCCAUCUCCACGUCUUCUCAGCAGAACUGGAAGCAUUCUAAGUCUGGGAGACGCCCAUGAGCGGCCACACCGUCUGGCUAGCACCUGCUCUGAGUCACAUGGCGUUCCAUUGACUCAAGAAGCCCUUGGAGAAGCAGAAUUUACGAUCAUGUCCUCAAGAGAUGACAGUCUUUUUGACUCUGAACAAAGCAUCAAUAGAAGAAGGGAUUCUGUGCUUUCAAGGCAAGACCAACUACUCAUUGACAAGAUUAGAAGCUACUAUGAAAACGCAGAACACCAGGAUGCUACUUUUAGCCUAAAGCGUAGAGAGAGCCUCACUUACAUUCCUAGUGGACUUGUGAGAACUUCAGUUAGCCGUUUCAACAGCAUUCCUAAGGAUAAUGGCCUUGACCCUGAAGUGACCACCAAUUCAACUGGACCUGAUAAAGCACAUACCCCGGCCAUAGAAUCUCAUUUGUUUACUUCAGCUCCAUCAGAGCCAAAUAUGAAUACAAAUUCUGCUUCUCUGGAACGUUCUAUCAGUGCUUCCAUAGAUUUAACUGGGUUUGACAAAUCCAGCGACCUGUUUAACUCUGAUGUAGAUGGUUCUACGAAACCCCAAUCCACCAAUGACCAACUGGAAAGCCACCAAGAAGAGGUUUUCCGCCCCUCCUCUGAGAUGAUCAAAGUCUGGCAGGACAUGGAAAGAGAGGUCACUAGAUGUCAAGGGGACCUCAAGGCACUGCGACCCCAAAGGACUUAUUAUUUUAGAGGUGCCAGUCCCAGGCUCUCCAGGAAUGGUCAAAACCAGGGCAAAACCAGUGAAAAAGGUGGUGAUGGCCUGAUGAUUCUCGAAGAUUCAGAUCUUAGCACUAUCACAGAGGAAUCCUCCACACCAUCACCUCUCAAGGAAAAGAUCUUAAACCAUGAAACCAGUGAUAAUGAAGGUAUCAGUCCCAGACUUAGGGAGGAUGAAGGGAGACCCAUUAAAGCUUUAGCCCCUCGAGUUAUUCAGUUGAGGGCAGAAGCUGAAGAAGAGAAAGACUCAGGUUCUCAGUCAGUAGAAGAUGCAAAUUCAGCCCAAAACAAAGUUUUCCAUCUUGCAAGGAAGUAUAGUAAGCGCAUCAAGUGCACACAACCAGUGCUGAGAUACAGGAAUCAGGAGGGCGAUACGAUGAUGGCCAAGAUGAACCUGUUAUCGGUUGUGGAAGAAAAGCCAGAGAAGGAGGCCAAAGGUAAACCAAACCUGAUGCUGUCCCUCACUCCAUACAACCAAGGUGACUAUGAUGGAGACCAGAAGGCCCAGGUUAUGACCCCAAGCCCGAUCCACACUCCUAAUUCUGCCAGUAGCCCCAGAGUCUUGUCUCCACACCUGUCCCGCUCCAGGAGUCCGCUUAGUCCCUCACCAUCUGAGAACUUCAACUGGCCAGACGUCCGCGAGCUUCGCUCAAAGUAUUCUCAUUUGGGCAGCUCAUCUACACAACCACUACUCGGCCAAAGUCGCUCUGAGCCAGAGAGGAUGUUUGACGGCGGUUCAAGAAGACAUUCGAGCUGCACUUCCAGCAAUGUGACUAAUGGCUCCACAGACACUUCAACUCACAAAACUCAUAUGGGAAGAGAUAAAGAAGAUGGGUUGGCUCGAACCCAGCGUGCUGGUUCUUUGGACCAAAAAUUGGGUGGUUUGUACCUAAGCGAUCUGCACAAUCUUCAGAGUAAUAAUGGCAGCAGUGGCUACUACGUUUCUGGUCGUGCCACCCUUGCCAAUGAGAAGAGCAUCAUUGUGGUUGAGAAACUGCCUGAGGAAACACCACCAGCAGAGAUGGAUCAGCCUGUGAAAGAGCUACAGAGACAGGAAAUAACUACAGAUGGAAUGGACGACAGAUAUGUGCAAAUUCGUUCACCGACUUCUCGUGAGAAGAUCUCAAUCAUGGCUGUCAUUGACCGCUGUCAGGCCUAUCAGGAGUCGGAGGAGUAUCGUCUGAGAGAAGAGGGAGGGUCGAGAGCAGAACCGUUGCCAAAGAUGAAUAGAUACCAAGAACCUGAGAAGGCUCCAUCCACUAGUGAACACUUGGAUGAUGCCCUUAAAAAUGCUGUGGAUUCUGGGAAAAGGGCUGAUGCUAGUCAACAGAGUGUUGUGAAAAACCUUAGGGAGAAAUUUCAAAACUUAAGAUAAAAAGAGGCUAGAACCCUGUGUAUAUCUGUAUAUUUUGGCUCCACUGUGUUUUAUUAAUUCUUUCUCUCUCUUUUUUUUUUAACACUGAUACCACUGAAGGUAUGGUCAGUACAUAUAUCGUGCUCUAGCUGAACGAAUCAUUUCACAGAUUUAAACCUCAAAACUAAUAUUCAUUAUAGUGCAAUUUUACUGGUAUUUUGGACUCUGUGUAAUUCAUGUUGCCUACUGAUAUUGAGAAACCUAUGGAUUUUUUCUGUCUGAAUGUUGGACAGAAAGUGUAAAUAUUGUUGUACAUGCAUUCUUUGUUUUACCAUUCUGAUAUUUAAUUGUAGAUAUAUCUAUAUGAAUUUGAUAGUCACUUUACAUUAUUGUAAAGGGAAAGCUUUUUCUUGUUUAUGAGUCUUUAAAAUUUGUCUAUGAUAUUUCCAAGUAAUUUGAUAAAAUAGUUCAAAAAUGAAAAUUCUCUCAUCAUUUACACACCUUCAUGCCAUCCCAAAUGUGUAUGACUUCCUUUCUUCUGCUGAACACAAAGAUUUUAAGAAGAACUUCUCAGUUCUCUAGGUUUAUACAAUGCAAGUCAACAGGGUCCAAAACUUUGAAGCUCAAAAAGCAUACUGUGUAAAGGCAGGGCAAAAGUAAUCCAUAUGACUCCAGUGGUUAAAUCCAUGCCUUCAGAAGUUAUAUGAUAGGUGUGGGUGAGAAACAGAUCAAUAUUUAAGUCUCUUUUUACUGUAAAUCUCCACUUUCACUUUCACUUCUUUUGUUUUUGGCGAUUCACAUUCUUUGUGCAUAUCGCCACCUGUUGGGCAGGGAGGAGAAUUUAAAGGAAAAAGGACUUAAAUAUUGAUAUGUUUCUCACCCACACCCAUCAUAUUACUUCUGAAGGCCUGGAUUUAACCACUGGAGUCAUAUGGAUUGCUUUUAUGCUGCAUUUAUAUGCUUUUGAGCUUCAAAGUUCUUGCCACCAUUCACUUGAAUUGUAUGGACCUACAGAGCUGAAAUAUUCUUCUAAAAAUCUUUGUGUUCUGCAGAAGAAAGAAAGUCAUACACAUCUGGGAUGGCAUGUGGGUGAGUAAAUGACAAGAGAAUUUGCAUUUUUGGGUGAACUAUUCCUUAAAUCUAAGGUGUCAAUUGCAAGUUAUGAAGUCUACAAAAUAAGCCCUGGUAAAGUAGUGCAAUUCCAGUCUAACAAAGACUCUAUAGGGGGCAAACCACUCGAAACUGGGUUGUUGUUGUUGUUGUUUUCCACAUUUGUGCUUUUGGCAUUCUUCUCACAAUCCAGAGGGAUUCAUUUCCUCAUUUGGUAUGUUUUCUUUUCACUUUUAUUUGGGAAAAGGCACGUUUAAAUUCUUAGUUAAUGUCAGGCAUGGUGUUUUCCCCUUCGUAACUAAACAUUGUCUUUGUCUGAUUUUGAUUUUGGAAUAGCUUACUAUUUGUACAGGAAAUCAGAUCCUAAUGUUUUAAGAUUACUUUGAACUUAGGAUAAUUGUUUUAAGAACAAGUAGUAUGACACUAAUUUCUGUGAUAUUUUAAGCUUGUCGUGUGUCAUUGUUGUGGCGCAUAAUGCAGUAUAUCUGGCAUUAACGUCAGAUUUUGGGGAAGGUCACAAUAUAACCUUACACUAUUAAUCAUUGGUUUAGGCAGCCCAUGAUUCAUGCUGAUAGAUUGUGUGCUCUGUAAUUUUCUUUAAUGGCUGCUUUCUAAUUCAUCGUGUCUCUUUGUGUUAUUUAUUUAGAUACUGUACAUUUCCUUAUCUGUCUGGCUUCAUAUUAAUGCAGCAGAGUCUAUAUAGUUUAUAGGGGCUUUGUAUAGGCUCAGAAAGUUGCAACUUCUGAAAUUCACUCCAUAAUAAAGCAAAGAAAUCUCA